CCGAAGGUGUGGGCGGAGCCUGAGGCGGGGAAAGGAGUUGCUUACGAAGAUGGCGGCUGAGGUGCAGCGUGAAGGGGAGGUGCCUGCGUGUGAUUCCGGGCGGAGUGAUGCCAUCUGCAGUUUUGUCAUCUGCAAUGAUCCUUCCCUUCGAGGUCAGCCUGUUGUCUUCAAUCCUGACUUCUUUGUGGAAAAACUCCGACAUGAGAAACCUGAGGUGUUCACUGAGUUGGUGGUCAGCAACAUCACAAGACUUAUCGAUUUACCUGGAACUGAGCUGGCUCAGCUGAUGGGAGACGUAGACCUUAAGCUGCCUGGUGGGGCUGGCCUAGCAUCUGGAUUCUUCCGAUCUCUAAUGUCUCUCAAGCGGAAGGAAAAAGGAGUGGUAUUUGGAUCCCCAUUGACGGAGGAAGGCAUUGCCCAGAUAUACCAACUGAUCGAAUAUCUGCACAAAAAUUUGCGAGUAGAGGGUUUGUUUAGAGUUCCAGGCAAUAGUGUCCGACAGCAGAUUUUAAGGGAUGCCCUCAAUAAUGGAACUGAUAUUGACUUGGAAUCAGGAGAGUUUCAUUCAAAUGAUGUUGCUACUUUGCUGAAGAUGUUUCUAGGAGAGUUACCAGAGCCCCUGCUGACACAUAAACAUUUCCAUGCACACCUCAAAGUUGCUGAUUUGAUGCAGUUUGAUGAUAAAGGAAAUAAGACCAAUAUACCAGAUAAGGAGCGACAAAUUGAGGCUCUUCAGUUGCUCUUCCUCAUUCUUCCUCCACCCAAUCGUAACUUGCUGAAGUUGUUACUUGAUCUCUUAUACCAGACAGCAAAGAAACAAGACAAAAAUAAAAUGUCUGCCUAUAAUCUUGCCCUUAUGUUUGCACCUCAUGUCCUGUGGCCAAAAAAUGUUACUGCAAAUGACCUUCAGGAAAAUAUCACAAAGUUAAACAGUGGGAUGGCUUUUAUGAUCAAACACUCCCAGAAACUAUUUAAGGAUGAUUUUGAUCUGACAGCUUCAUGUCGUGCUAAGUCCUUCCAGCUGGCAAAAUCUCAGAAAUGGAACCAGGCAGAUUCCUGCUCUCAGCAGGAGGAGAUCCAGCAGCGUACAGAAGAGGCACUGAGAGAGCUCUUCCAGCAUGUUCACAAUAUGCCAGAGUCAGCAAAGAAGAAACAUCUUAUUAGACAGUUUCAUAAGCAAUCUUUGACCCAAACACCAGGACGAGAACCUUCUACUCCCCGGGUACAGAAGAGGGCCCGUUCACGCUCCUUCAGUGGGCUUAUUAAGCGCAAAGUCCUGGGAAAUCAGAUGAUGUCAGAAAAGAAAAAAAAGUACCCUGCUCCAGAGUCUGUGGCCAUGGGUGAAUUGAAGAACACCAGCAAGGAAAAUAUGAAUUUAUUAUUUUCUAGCUCUCCCACUGUUGUGAUGACACCAACAAGAUUGAAAUGGUCUGAGGGGAAGAAAGAGGGGAAAAAAGGAUUCCUGUGAAGGAUCUAGAGUCCUCCUGUCAUCCACCCAGAAUGUAGUGGGCCAGGUGUCAUUUCUACUCAUAGUGAAGCUUGGACUUGCAGCUUGCUUGCUGCUCUUUGAACUGAGGAAGCCAACUAAUCCUGUGACCCGACUGAUACCUCUAAUCCUACUCACUGGAUGACAUUUGCAAGCUGUGCCUUCAGAGAGAGUGCUAGACUCCCUCUCUCUCUUUUUUAAUAUUAUGGGAAAACCACUAACCAGCCAACAACAUAUACAGUCAGUAAAUGGGCAGAACCAGGGUGGCUCUAGUGCGCAUUCAGUGUUGUUAGACCAGUUCUGUUUUUAAAAAUACGAAAUUUUGUGCUCAACUGCCAUUUUUUGGAAGAAAGUACUGUCAAUCCUAAUGGAUUGAUAUUAUUUUUUAACUGAUAUUUUGAACUUUUCUCAUGUUUUGAUGUGUUAUUUGUUUGUUGUUUAUUUGUUUUAAAAUCCAUGUUUGGGGAUUGGUAAUCAAAAUGGGCUGUAAGCUUUUCACUUUAAGCUCUGGGAAAGUUCUUUAUCCCAUAAGGCCAUAUUCUCUAUUAUCUUAUUUGUCUUUAAAUAAUUUAUAGCUUUCUUAGAAAUUUUAAAUUAUCUUUUUGGGUCCAAGAUUGCAGAAUAUUUGACCUCCAGUAUCGAAAAGGAGAAUUCAGAACAGUAUUUUAGCAAAUUUCAGUUAUUUAACUAUUUUUCCUCCCUUCUUCUGUUCCUCCUUCCCUUCUUUAUCUCUCCAAAACUUCCCCUUUUCUUAGUGAUAUGAAAAAAUUGCGUGGUUACUGAAGUUGUUUACUUCACUCAGUAUCCUCUCGUAAAGUCACUGACAGCCUUAUAGAGGUUUGUUGAAAUCUUAGUAUGUGAUGGGAAGCUCUGGAGUGUGCCCAGGAAGAGGGUGGCUAACAGGGUGGAAUCUAUUGCACCUUCCCAGGAGUCAGGUGUGCAGCUAGACCAUCUCCCGAGAGCAGGUUGAAAUCAGAGGAGGGGAGUAGAUGGUCUCUAUAGCGGCCAUAGGAUGAAAGGAGAGAGCAUUCUUAUUUGGAAAUAGUUGUGGCUUAUCACCAGGGCUCAACAGCAAUUGCUCCACUGCCCUAUCUUUGCCAGAAUGGGCAUAGGUGGCAAUUGGGAGAUGGGGCUAGAGUAUUUGGCUUUUGGGUUGGGUAUGUUCAUACAGGUUUGAGGUAAGCAAUGGCAUGGCAUUGAUCUUAUUUGAAGUACUCAUUGCCUAGAGAGUAGUGUGUGGCAGGUGAGAAUAUUCAGGUUUAUGCCUGGCUUAUAGCAUUCUUACCCUGUGUGUUAGAGCUAAGUCAGACCCUCUGUGGAAAAGAAGGUGCCUAGCAAAAUAUUGUUUGCUAACCUAUCUUUAAACAAUUGAAAAUGCUGCAUUAUUGCUGAAAUGAAAGAUGACUCUGGAGUAGCAGUUUGGCUUUGUGUCUGGCUGUCAGCUCUCUCUUCCAUACUAUACUGUUUCUUUUACUGCUAUUAUCCCAUUUAUGGAGAAAAUGUAAAAUUUGGCCUUCCAACAUAAUAGAUUGGGCAAUAAAUGUGUAGAAGUAUAAAACUGCUUAGAAGCCCCUUACUCUACAGCAGUCUUAGGUCAUUCUUUGAAAUAUGCAAAAGUAAAUUCAUAUGACUGUUUUUUUCUCAUUAAGAAAAAAUGCAUUUUCUUAUAUCAGAUAACAGCAAAUUCAAACAGAGACCCCUUUUGGUAUCAUCAAAUCAAAAUAGUGUUCUUCCUUAACUUGAUACUUUUUUCUUUAUUUAAGUGUGUUUCAUCCUGGAGUGGUAUGGUGGUCUCUUAAGUAUGGUCUGGUGUCAGGUGGACGGAGCAGUGCAGUGACACAAUGCCUGCUUGUCAUCCAGUCAUUUGGUGCUGUUUGAAAGAAAUGGCUGAGACUUAGGAUAUGCUAAAGGGAUCAGUCACUUAGGGCAGCGUUCUGGGGUGAGGAUGACGAGAGAGGUGUUUACCACGUGCACAUGCUUGGGCAGUUUAUAUGUGUAUAUGGUUAUGUGUAUUUAUUUAUUGAAAAUGUGACCAUUGUUUUAAGGGUAUUAUAGGUCAUUUUUCUUAUAGAAGCUGGGAUCCAGCUGGAAACCAAAUUUGAAGAGUAAGGAGCGAAAUUUUCUACCUUAUAAUCUGUAACUAUUCUAAUCCUGUGGACUCUUAUGAUAAACUCAGAAAAAACCCUUUUUCAUUUCACAGAAGGUUACUGUGUCCUUUAUGACUUAGUAGGCAGGUAUUUUUGAGCCAGUGUUUAAUUAAUUUUUUUAACCUAUAAGAUGUUUAAAAAUCUCUUUUAUUGUGUUUAUUUUUCGUAUUGGAACAAUCUCUUUGGAAGUGCCUCUUCUUAUGGUUUUUAAAGUUUCAUUUUUUUCUGGGGUCAGUUGCUUUGGGUUUUGAUGUGGUGUCAAUUUGGGCCAGUGCAUUUGUGCCAGAGGAACACAGCAUAAAAACACAGACCAUUUCCUUGAUUCAGAUCUGUUGGGGGUGAGCUACAUUGGGUAAAUUAGUGGAAGUCACAGGCACUGAGUUUUUACCCUUUUGCAACAAUGGGCUUCGGCAUUUGGGACCAUUGAAUCUGGUUUGAAAAACCCUACUGUAGCAGUGAAAGAGGAUCAGGAGAUAGUGGUUAUACCUGAGUGCCAGAACAUACUAGAGGAGUAGGUAAUGACUCAUAACUGAACUACAGCUCAUCAUGCACAAAGGAAAGCCCUUUACCCUCAAUGUCCUUCCAGAGUCAGUCAGGAAUGACAACGGGACACCCUUGGGAGAUGGAGUGGGUAGUACAAGGUGGUUGACUAUUGUGACCAUUAGAUGUGGCAAGUGGCUGUUUUGUUGGCCCAUAAGGAAGGCAGUUGAUCCUGGUAUCAGAGCAGAGCCAUUCUUUCCUCCUGGGUAGAAAUAUUUCUGUUCAGCUUCCCUCAUAGGAGCCUAUGGUAGCAUAUGGUUUAAAAUACUGCAUUCUAGGGAAACUUGUGAUCACUGGGACUGUGCCCCACAGUGACUGGCCCUGUGACCAUGCAAUGGGAAGCAUUUUUGAGAAUGGCCAUCUCUAGACUCCAUCUACUUCUAUGCUUUUUGAGGGCCUCGCAAGGAGUUGGAAGGUGAUGGCUUCCAUUCUGAGGCCUCUUCUAUAUAGAACUGCUUUUCCCAGGAGAGAACCUCAUUCUUUCCUUCCUUUACUUUGAAGGCUUUGCACUAAAAUCAGGAUCUGAUCUAAACCUGAAUACCAGCAGGACUACCCAGGAUUUGGGAAAAAUUUGAGUCCCUAAGAUGCAAAGCUUUUGAAUGCAGUGGUGAUAAGCCAGUGGCAAACUCACUGUGGGAAGCUGACUUUAUUAGACAACUAAUGCUGAAAUCAGGGUAGAGUUGUUGGAGGCAGGUUAGUGAGGAGGUGGAGUACAAAUAGCUGGAGUGCUUGGGUUACCAUGGAAACUGGAGUGUGUGAGGCGAAAGCCACAAUAAAGAGCCAUUGAGCCUGCCUCUGACUUGUGUAGGGACCAGCACAACCUGUCAGGAAAAACAUACCCUCACCCAGGGUAUGUCUUUGGAGCAAAGUUUGACUUUGCCCUGUCCCUGAGCUCACUCAAAAACCUGACUAGGUUUCUUAAGAGAAGGUUUCACCAUUUUUCUUUCUCAUUCUUGUUUGACCAUAUAUAUAUAUAUAUAUAUAUAUAUAUAAUGUAUGUGUGUGUAAUUGUAAAGAAACAUGCAUUGUGUUUUAUAUCCAUGUAAUAUCUUGAAAUUAAAUUUCUUUUGUUUCAUA